AGAUGGAACGUGGUAGAGAUUCUGUAGAUAUGGGUAACCUCAACCGCAACCGAAGAAAGGAGAUUAUGAGGAAUCAUCCAAGCUCAUGCAAAGGUAAGGGACGGGCCGGGUCUUCAUCUCAAACCCGAGAUGAUUUUGAUGCGGAUUACAAUCGGAGAGAUGGGGAUGCGAUGUCCGAUGAGCAACUAGCACAAUUAUUGCAACAUCAAGGGCGCUUUUUCCAUCAACAAGACAUCCCGAUCAUUGAGGAACAAGAGCUUGAGGAUGAUGAUGCGGAGGAUAAUCAUCAUUUAUAUUAUUUGAGUGUGACUGCACAUUGUAUUGAUGAUGAUUGGUGUAUGCAUAAACAUGUUAUUGCUUUUCGUGAAUUUAAUGAUCGACACACCGCUGAUAAUAUUUAUAUUCUCAUUGAGCGUAUUUUAAUUGAGUAUAAUUUGAUUGAUA